AUGCCUCCACGGUGUUUCCACACUUUAUUAGAACUCCUCAAGCCAAGGAUUCAGAAAAGUGACACGAACUACCGAAAGGCGAUUCCGCCAGAGCAUCGGCUAGCGCUGGCUGUGAGGUUCUUGGCUUCGUGGGAAACACUCCGCUCCUCACCUUUCAGUUUUCUUUCUAGUCGCUCCACAGCUUGCAUGAUUGUCCCCGAAGUGUGCCAGGCGAUUCGGGAAGUGCUUGGGCCGGUUUACGUAUCACGGCCGUCAACUCCAGCUGAAUGGCUAAAGGUAACCAGUUCAUUGUUGCGAGAGUUCGAGGAAAAGUGGGACAUGCCACAUUGCCUUGGUGCAACAGAUGGCAAGCACGGGAAUGUUGAGUGCCCGGAAAACUCAGGAAGCCGAGACCGAAAUUACAAAAAUACGUUCGGCAAAUCACUGCUCGCUGUGAGCGACGCAAACUACAGCUUCCUGUAUGUUGAAAUCGGUCACCAUGGAAGUGAGUCAGAUGGUGGGAUCUUUAGCAGAAGCAACCUGCAAGCAAAAAUUAUUGAGGACAGCCUUGGAGUUCCUGCGCCUGCAAGUCUUGGGAGGAUAGGCAGCAUUCCAUAUUUUUUUGUCGGUGAUGAGGCUUUCCCUCUAAAGACUUACAUGAUGAGGCCAUAUUGCAGAAAAGGUCUUCACCCUGUUCUCUCAGUGAGCUCAUCGAUAGCAACAAAACAAGCUUGCAGUGAAGAGAGCAGCACCACCACACAAACCGGCCCAAGCACUUCCUGA